UUGAGGACUAUUGACCCAAUAGAACAUUUCUCACCCUUUUUUGUCUUUAGCUGUGAGAAUAUAUAAAUUAUAGAAUGAAAUUCCUGCUCCAGCUCUGAGGUGGUUGCACAUUUUGAUGAUUCUCCAUUUCUUCACUAAGGACUAGGGAGAAAGUAUUAGCAGAAUUCUUCUUGGAUCUGCAUAUAUUCAUUUGCAGUCUACAAUAUUGGAAGUAGUUUCGUUUAGCUGAGGAUGGAAAUUGGAAGUAACUUCUUUCUGGAUGCUGCAUAUGAAACUACAUAAAUGUGGAAACUUGCUCACCAUCCCAUUGACUUGUAGUUAUCAGGUUCAACUCAUCAUGAAGUAUGGCCUGGACUAAAUUUGCGUGUGUAAAGGAAGAGAAAGGAGGUUCAUUUACUCAUCAUUAAACACAAGGGACCCCCUUGAGCUGUCUAAAAUCCUGGAUUCUAUGUUGUAUUAUUAGAAUCUGCAACCUUUCAGAAAGUGUUUGCAGUUUGAGUAGUUGUCUUGCGUUUGUAGAUCUGAGUGUAACAAAUGAUAAAACUUUUAUGAAGAGGGAGUAAUUGUAAUUGAUUGUGGUAGUUGAGAAGUUGAGUUUAAUUGGAAAAAAAGAGGUAGAUAUGUCUGCAAAGUUCCUACAUUCUUUAGCAGAUGAUAACCCAAAUUUGCAAAAGCAGAUAGGAUGCAUGACUGGGAUUUGCCAACUCAUUGAUCGUCACCAUAUUAUUACUGCUCACCGCGUUAGCCAGAAGAGGCAUCCUCCUGAUAAUUCCCACUUCAAUUGUGACAGCCGGGAAAGAGGUUCUAAUAGCAUACACCAUCGACAAUCAGCAGCGGAUAUGAGAUUAAGCAAUAGUGUGAGUGAAAAACAAAGAAUUUCAACAGAAUCAUCAAGACCCUCGUUCUCUUCUUCUUGUUCAUCAUCAAUAUCCUCUCUGAGCUACAAAGCUCGGGCUGAUGCACCCUUUGAACGAAUUGUUUUUCGUGAAACUCCGAUGAAGGAGCCAGUUAUGAACCAAACAAGUAUCUCUCCGCAUAUAGGAUGUCACUCCCUUGACCUGAGGGACGCGGUGAAGGACUCAAUGUAUAGGGAGGCCAGAGGACUAUCCAAUGAUAAGGAUAUCUCAAGACCUCUUCAGUUGUCCAAAUCUAUCAACGGAAAACAAAGUGUGCCUAUUGAUCUAAAGCAGUCUCUCCAAGUCCUUGCUAAACUUAGAGAAGCACCUUGGCAUUAUGUUGAAUCUAGAGAACUUCCAAGAUUAUCAUAUGAAGUCAAAGAUCAACAUUGGUAUUCCAUCUCAAAGGAUGCUCCUAGAUUUUCAUAUGAUGGAAGAGAAACUAGUGGUAUAUCUUUUGAAUCACAUGAUUCUACCAAAUGCCCACCAAAGCUAAAAGAGCUUCCUAGACUUUCUCUGGACAGUAGGGAAGGUGCUUGGCGCGCACACAGCUCUAAUUCAAAACCCACUAACCUCUCAAGAAAUUUCAAUACAAGUGGUGCUUCCAACUCAUUUGACAACAUUUCUAGUCAACAACAGCCUUCAGCAACCCGAAGCCGGCCACCUAGUGUUGUAGCAAAAUUGAUGGGCUUGGAACCAUUGCCAGAAUCAUAUUUGGCCAGUGAUACUAAGUCAAGUUUGAGUGAAACUGGCUCAACUCAAGGAAAUGAUCAGUGUUCAAAAGAUGGACUCAUCAUGCCGCUUCGAGUUUCUGAUUCUGCUAAAAGCUCAGUGAAAGACCCAACUUCUCCGCGUUGGAAGAAUCAUGAUUUGGUUGUGAAACCAAUCUCAAGUUCAAGGCUUCCUGUUGAACCAGCACCAUGGAAACUGCAGGAUGGAAACCAAAGCUCUCAGAAACAAACUUCCAGGACCAUAAAAGCUACAACAAUAACACCAGAAGAUUCAUUUCCUUCAGUUUAUAGUGAUAUUGAGAAGAGAUUGAGUGAUCUUGAAUUUAAACAAUCAAGAAGGGAUCUCAGAGCACUCAAACAGAUACUGGAAGCAAUGCAAGUAAAAGGGCUGCUAGAGGCCAGAAAAGAAGAACAAACUUCAAAUGUUGAUGGAAAUAAAAGAUACAAUGAACCAAAACCGACUCUAAUUCAUGAUUCGGUGUCAGUAAGGCAACAAAUAAUCAGAGGAUCUGACUCAGCAAAGACUUUAGAAUCGCCAAUUGUGAUCAUGAAACCAGAAAAACAUACUGAGAAAACUGGAAUUUCUGCUUCUUCAAUCUUUCAAAUUGAAGGACAUUCUGAUUCCCAUACACUUCAGAGUAGUGGUGUGCAUGCACAUGAUAAAAAGAGGACAGUUUUCGGUCGAAUAGAAAAAGAUCAGUCUCUUAGAAGUAGUCACAAGGACUCUCCUACCAAUUUUAGUGAAAAGAAAGCAAGUAGUAGCAAGUGCAAGGCUAUAAAAUCAGCGCAAUCUCAACCAAGGUCGGAAAAGAACUCAGGAUCAGUGAGCCCAAGAAAAUCUCGGCUUAAUACACCACCAUCAGAUUUAAAUAAAUCCAGAAAGCAAUCCUGUAAGCAGACAACAGAAUCAGGUUCUCCCGGUCGAAAACUGAGACGUAAAGUCCCUAGUUCACAAUACAUUGAUGACCAACUUAGUGAGACUAGCAAUGAAUUGAGAAGUUUAAGUUGCCAGUGGGAUGAAAUGUCUCUUCAAUCAGAUAGUAUUACAGUUGACUCGAAGAUGGAUAUUGAAGACACCAGCAAUUCACAAUCUGCUGAAAUUAUUGAUUGCCAGAACCCGUCUAUGAAGGCUAUUGAGCAUUUGGUUUCAGGAUCAAUGCAGAAGAAAUCAACUCGGAGGUGGGAUGAGGAUGAGUCAAUUGUAGAACUUGCAACAGAUGCCCCUGAUCAUCCAAGCCCGGUUUCAGUUCUUGAUGCCUCAGUGUACAAAUAUGAUAUGCCGUCCCCAGUAAGGCUUAUAUCCAAUGCUCAUAAAGCUGGUGAUGCUCAAGAAUCUAAAGAAAAUGAGCAUACAGAUCAGUGGAACCGUGCAGAUGGCUUCUUAGUUAACCACACAGGAAAUGGAGAGAUCAACCGCGAGAAAUUGCAAAGCAUAGAUCGCCUUGUUCAAAAGCUCAGACAGCUAAACUCAAGUCAUGAUGAAACUAGAAUCGAUUACAUAGCUUCCCUUUGUGAAAAUACAAAUCCAGACCACAGAUACAUCUCUGAAAUACUAUUAGUUUCAGGUCUAUUACUGAGAGAUCUGAGUUCUGAAUUGCUGACAUUUCAACAUCACUCAUCAGGUUAUCCCAUUAACCCUGAGUUAUUCCUAGUGUUGGAGCAAACCAAGUUAAGUACUUUGCUUUCAAAAGAAGAAAAAGUUGCUUACAUGAAGCUAAAUAUAAAGAAGUUUCACAGGAAACUCAUCUUUGAUACUGUGAAUGAGAUUCUUGGUGUAAAAUUAGGCUCUUCUCUUGACCCAUGGAUGAGGCAUAAACGGACAAAGAAAAUCCUCAGUGCACAAAAGCUGCUUAAAGAACUUUGCUUUGAGAUAGAAAAACUUCAAUCUAAGAAGCUAGAAUGUAGUUUAGAAGAUGAAGGGGAUGGACUAAAAAGUAUGCUGUGGGAAGAUGUGAUGCCUCACUCAGAAAUGUGGACAAAUUUCCAUGGUGAAAUACCUGGGUUUGUGUUGGAUGUUGAGAGAAUGAUAUUUAGGGACUUAGUUGAUGAGAUUGUGAUCGGUGAAGCAGCUUGUUUGAGAGUGAAGUUGGGUAGGCGCCACAAGCUAUUUGGAAAGUAGUUCAAUCCUUUUGUUACCUUUUUCGCUAAUCUAGAAUCCAUCAAUUUAUUGUCAUUUACGUAUAAUUUUUUUGUAUC